AUGGUCGACUUCGCCUCCCGCACCGUCGUGCUCGCCCUGCGCAUCGUCCAGUUCAUCUUCGCAAUCAUCGUCCUCGGCCUGGAAGCCUACGUCGCCCACUGGUGGAACAACUGGCACCACGUCUCCUCGCCCUCGCAAAUCAACUUCCUCAUUUUCUGCUCCAUCUGGACGCUCCUCGCGCUUGCCUACCUCAUCGUCGUCCCCUGGCGCUUCGCCGACACCGUCGCGGCGCACAAGUUCGCGAUUCUCGGUGCAGAGGCGCUGACAAUGCUGUUCUGGUUCGCGGGGUUCGUGGCGCUGGCGGUGUUCUUGAGUGGGCGGGUGUGUUUUGGGCAGGUGUGUAAUUGCGCAAAGGCUGGGGCGGCGUUUGGGGCUUUUGAGUGGUUGCUGUUUGCGAUCACGACGGCGAUGGCGGUGAUGCAUGUGCUACGCACGAGGGACCGACCGGCGCAUAACAACAAGGCGGAUCCGAAUGUGAAUGUUGCGGAGGGAGUAUGA